UUGAGCGUCUCCUGCGCGCACGCCUUAGAGGAGCGCCGCGAGAGCCUUCGGGUCAUGGUGCCGCAGUGGCUGCUCGUCCGACUGCUUGCUCAGCAGAAGCCGGAAACAGAGGAGACCGUGCAGUGCACGCAAGCUCUGCUGUACGCGGUCGAGGAGCUUCGGGGCCGCCGGGCCUUGAUGCUGAAGGUGGCGCGCUAUGCCGUGGAGGCACUCCUGCCCACAGCAGCCGUAGGCUUCAUGCUGCUGGUCAUGUCUGUGGCUGAUCUCGAGCUA